AUGGCUCAUCCGUCGGGCGAUGUGCCUACACCUGAUCCUCAUGAUGGGGAUCUCACCAGCUCUCGGCCGAACCCCUUAGCGGUUCUUCGAAGCCCCCUUUCUCAGCUCCGCGAUCGCCUUUCUCAUUUAGUCGUCCCUGAUGGUGGAACAAACGAGUCGGAUUCUGAAGUCGAACUUCUCCAAGAUCCAAAUUUGCCUGCUGAGCAUUAUCUUCGCCAUCAGCCUCUCCCCCGCCUCCCCCUGUCCAACAACAAGCCAAUCGCAUCUCCAGACGAUGAGGACGAGGAUGAAUACAAAGACGUCGGCGAAGACAUCCCCCUGCAUCAUCUCGAGUCGCAGCAGUCACACCUCAUGAACGGCCAAGAAGGGGAGGAGGAUGAGGAGGAGGAUGAAGAGCUCGAAGACUCUCCCUAUCCUGAGGUCCGCGCGUCUGUGCCCCCGCGUGACGAUCCGUCCCUCCCUUGCAACACCUUGCGCGCUUGGACCAUUGGCAUGUCGCUGAUCUUUGUGGGCGCCAGCACAAACACGCUUUUCUCGUUACGUGCCCCAAGUAUUAGCCUGGGCUCCCUGCUGGCUCAAGUCAUUUCCUGGCCCUUGGGGCAUGGCUGGGCUCGUUGGAUGCCAGAAAAGGAGAUAUCUGUUCCAGUCCUACGCCUUGGGUGGUUUUUAGGCCGGACUGGGUCCCGGGGGGAGAGGAGCAUGUUCAAGUGGGAGACCAUUCAACUCAACCCCGGGCCGUUCAAUAUUAAGGAACAUGCUAUCAUCGUCGUGAUGGCCGGUGUGUCUUUCUCUGUGGCUUAUGCCACUGAUAUUAUUCUUGCCCAGAAGGUCUUUUACAAGCAAGACUUUGGGAUCCUGUGGCAACUGUUACUUGUCAUUUCGACGCAGAGUUUGGGAUAUGGCAUUGCUGGGAUGAUGAGGAAGUUCUUGGUCUACCCCGCUUCUAUGAUUUGGCCAGGAAACCUCGUUGCUGUCACUCUUAUGACGGCCAUGCAUGAACAGGCCGAUGUGCGAGAUCCGACCAUCAUCGGAGGAACCAUUCCUCGAUACCGUUGGUUUGCUCUCGUUACUCUUGCAUCAUUCCUUUACUACUUCAUUCCGGGUUUCCUGGCCCAGUUCUUGAGCUCCUUUGCUUUCGUUACUUGGCUAUUCCCUGACAGUCCUGUUGUGAAUCAGCUGUUUGGUUACACAACCGGUCUGUCUCUGAUUCCCAUCACCUUUGAUUGGACGCAAAUCACAGGCUUUGUCGGAUCACCGUUAAUUCCACCAUGGCAUGCUAUCGCAAACACCAUGAUUGGUGUCAUAAUAUUCUUCGUCUUUCUUGCUUCUAUAAUCCAUUACAGUGGUGGCUGGUACUCUGUAUACCUACCUAUGAGUGACUCUAAUACCUAUGACAACACUGGAAAACUGUACAACGUUUCUCGCAUCCUGAGCGCUGACUACACGCUGGACGUGGAGGCUUACAAUAAUUACUCGCCCUUGUUUCUGAGCACCACUUUUGCCCUGUCAUACGGCCUGUCAUUUGCUGCUAUCUCCUCAUUGAUAGUGUAUACCUAUCUCCAUCAUGGAAAAACCAUCUGGCGCCAGUGGAAAAGCAGCACAACAGAGAAGCCGGACAUUCAUAUGAAGCUGAUGCGCAGGUACAAAGAAGCCCCAACGUGGUGGUAUCUGUCGCUGUUUGUUGUAAUGCUUGCCCUUGGCUUUCUUACUGUCCUUGCUUGGCCCACUAACAUGACAUGGUGGGCCUUUUUGCUGGCCGUGUUCAUUUCCUUUGCCUUCUCCUUGCCUAUUGGCAUCAUCCAAGCUGUGACGAACAACCAAAUUGGCUUGAAUGUGCUGACGGAGUUUGUCUAUGGUUACAUUCAACCAGGUCGUCCUUUGGCCCUGAUGAUCUUCAAAACCUUUGGCUAUAUUACUAUGUCUCAGGCCUUGACCUUUGUAUCGGACCUCAAGUUCGGCCACUACAUGAAGAUUCCCCCUCGCACUAUGUUCAUGGCCCAGGUGGUGGCCACAACUGUUUCCUGCUUCAUCCAAGUCCUUGUCCUCAAUUAUGCCCUCAACAACAUUCCCAACGUCUGCGAGCCCACUCAGCCAGAGCACUUCACCUGUCCAGGUGGGAGGGUUUUCUUCUCCGCUUCCGUAAUCUGGGGUCUAAUCGGACCUGCCCGCAUCUUCUCCCCAGGCCAAAUCUACUCCUCCCUCUUCCUUUUCUUCGCCGUCGGCGCCAUCACGCCCGUGAUAAUCUAUCUCCUCGCCCGUAGACGCCCUACCUCCCCCAUCCGCUACCUCAUGGCCCCCCUCAUCUUCGGCGGCGCGGGCGCCAUUCCCCCAGCAACACCCCUCAAUUACUUGUCUUGGGGCAUGGUAGGCUUCAUCUUCCAGUACCUCAUCAAGAAGCGAUACUUCGGCUGGUGGAGCAGGCUCAACUUCCUGACGAGCAGCGGUCUGGACUUGGGGCUGGCGCUAAGUACGCUGGUGAUCUUUUUCGCAUUUACCAUACACGAUAUCGAACCGCCGAGGUGGUGGGGGAAUGAGGUGGUCAAGGGAACACUGGAUUAUAAAGGCGAGGCGGUGCAGGUUGUGCUACCUGAGGGUAGGACGUUUGGGCCGAAUAGUUGGAGGAUUUGA